UUAGACGUCGGUGUUUCACGUCGGACGCUCUCUUGGUAACACACUCAUAGCGCAUUGACGCAGUUAGCUGACAGCGUUUUGUUUUUCUUGUCAACAGCUGCAUUGGACAGAGCGCUCUGUCUUAAUAAACAUAAAUAUGUCUAUAUUUACGCCAACAAACCAAAUACGACUGACAAAUGUGGCGGUGGUGAGGAUGAAGAAGGGAGGGAAGAGGUUUGAAAUCGCCUGCUACAAGAAUAAAGUAGUGAACUGGAGAGCAGGAGCAGAGAAAGACCUGGAUGAGGUUCUGCAGACACACACAGUCUUUGUCAAUGUGUCCAAAGGUCAGGUGGCCAAGAAGGAGGACUUGACCAAAUCUUUUGGGACAGACGAUCUGACAGAAAUCUGUAAACAGAUCCUGGCCAAAGGUGAGCUCCAAGUGUCAGACAAGGAAAGGCAUACUCAGCUGGAGACGACGUUUAGGGACAUUGCGACUAUAGUGGCAGAGAAGUGUGUCAACCCUGAGACCAAGAGGCCGUACACAGUCAAUCUCAUUGAGGGGGCCAUGAAGGACAUCCACUACUCUGUCAAGCCCAACAAGAGCUCUAAACAGCAGGCUCUGGAAGUGAUCCGGCAGCUGAAGGAGUCCAUGGAGAUCCAGAGGGCCCACAUGAGGCUGCGAUUGGUGCUGCCAGCCAAGGAGGCCAAGAAGCUGAAGGAGAAGCUGAAACCGCUCCUGCAGGUUGUGGAGAGUGAAGACUUUGAUGAGCAGCUGGAAAUGGUGUGUCUGGUGGAUCCCGGCUGCUUCAGAGAGAUCGAUGAGCUGAUCCGCUGUGAGACCAGAGGACGAGGUUCUCUGGAGGUUCUCAGUCUGAAGGACGUGGAGGAGGGAGAGGAGAAAUUCUAGAAACCCCAACCAGUCAGGACUCUGCACCUUAUCGACACUAACAUGCCUCAACGCGGCUCGCAAACUGCAAAACUCAUUCAAGAGCCUAUAUUUUUGAUGGGAUUCAUGCUGAUUUCAGCCUUUCCCGUUUCUGUGUCUCUCUAUGAUUAAAGGAUUUGAUUAACUGAAAGAAAACAUUUGCCAGAUUUGCAUGCUGGGUGGAAUGUAUUUUUGGAAAGUUUGAUGGAGUAUUUAUACCUAAACGUGCAGAUCAGUAAAUAGUUCUGGUUUGCGUUCACUUCUUUUUUAUUUUAUUUCAGUACCUCUGUAACAUUAACAGAACUUUUCUGCCUUCCAACAGAUUUGUGUGCCAUGUAGUUAUGCCUAAAUCCCUCUGUUAUGGAUAAUUACUUUGACCCAAUAACAUAUAUUUUUUCAUAAUGAAUAAGCUUGCUCUGCAGCAAAUAAAUACGGAACGAAA